AUGGGAGACCCGGAAAGGCCGGAAGCGGCCAGGCCCCAGCCAGAGGAGAGGUUAUCUUCAGAUACCAAUGAAAAUGAAGCAAAGUCAGAUGAAGAGCCACUCCUAAGAAAGAGUUCUCGUCGAUUUGUCAUCUUUCCAAUCCAGUACCCUGACAUUUGGAAAAUGUAUAAACAGGCACAGGCAUCCUUCUGGACAGCAGAAGAGGUUGAUUUAUCAAAGGAUCUUCCUCACUGGAACAAGCUUAAAUCAGAAGAGAAGUAUUUUAUUUCUCACAUCUUAGCCUUUUUUGCAGCCAGUGAUGGAAUUGUGAAUGAAAAUUUGGUGGAGCGCUUUAGUCAGGAGGUACAGGUUCCGGAGGCUCGCUGUUUCUAUGGCUUUCAAAUUCUCAUCGAGAAUGUUCACUCAGAGAUGUACAGUUUGCUAAUAGACACUUACAUCAGAGAUCCCAAGAAAAGAGAAUUUUUAUUUAAUGCAAUUGAAACAAUGCCAUAUGUAAAGAAAAAAGCAGAUUGGGCCUUGAGAUGGAUAGCAGAUAGAAAAUCUACUUUUGGGGAAAGGGUGGUGGCCUUUGCUGCUGUGGAAGGAAUUUUCUUCUCGGGAUCUUUUGCUGCUAUAUUCUGGCUAAAGAAAAGAGGACUCAUGCCCGGACUCACUUUUUCCAAUGAGCUCAUCAGCAGAGAUGAAGGGCUUCACUGCGACUUUGCUUGCCUGAUGUUUCAAUACUUAGUAAAUAAGCCUUCAGAAGAAAGGGUUAGGGAGAUCAUUGUUAAUGCCGUUGAAAUUGAGCAGGAGUUUUUAACAGAAGCCUUGCCAGUUGGCCUCAUUGGAAUGAACUGUGUUCUGAUGAAACAGUAUAUUGAGUUUGUAGCUGACAGAUUGCUUACAGAACUUGGAUUCUCAAAGGUUUUUCAAGCAGAAAAUCCCUUUGAUUUUAUGGAAAACAUUUCCUUAGAGGGGAAAACAAAUUUCUUUGAGAAACGAGUUUCAGAGUAUCAGCGUUUUGCAGUUAUGGCAGAAACUACAGAUAAUGUCUUCACCUUAGAUGCAGAUUUUUAA